AAAAAAAAACUUUUAUUCAAAAAAAAAUUCAUCGUAUGCAAAACGAUUUUUCUUUGUCAUAUAGAAAAUAUAGCAAAAGAUACAAAUUCUACGUUCACAUCGAAAGCUGUGGUAAAAAUCUUCAAAAAAUUCAUUUGAAUUGGCAUAGAGGCGUUGCAUAAGCGGAGCGAAAAUUUUGACAAUUUGAUAUUGACCAAACCGCUGGUCAUUUCGGGAUUUCGAAACGUAUGUGCCUGCAUUACCACAGAGAAUGGCCAAUCAAAAUGGGCAAUUAAUAUUGCAGGCUUUGCAAACUCUGGAAGAACCCGCAACGGUCAUGAGAAUUGUGACACAUAUCGCCGACACAGCUGGCGUUCAUCCCAAUGAUGUGAAAGAAUCAGUGCAAGAGACAUUGAAUGGCGGCGUACGUUACGGCUAUAUACAGCGCUCCAAUCGCAAAUACUAUGCGGCGCCUGUUGACUUGGAAACCAUAACGGGUGAGGAGUGUAGUGAUCCGGAAGCUGAAACCAAUAAGGAUGAUAACAAGGAUAAUGGCGAAAUGGAGGAUCGUGGCGGUAGGCGGCGUAGAAGACGUGCAAGUCGUAGUCGCAGUCGGAGCCGACGUGGCUCACGACGUCGACGUCGACGUUAAGCCAUUUUUUUGAAAAAAAAGGCAAAAACAAAAAAAAACGCCCAAUUAAUAAUGAAUAAUUUGAAAUUUUGUAUCUUGAUGUGUCUCGUCUCUCUCUCACUCUCUAUGUAAGAUUGUCUACGGUGUUUCUAUAUAUAUCCAUGUAUAUUUUGAGAAAAUUAUGAUAAUGUUUACAAAAAAACAAAACAUAUUUUUCUGAUAAAACUCGUAUAAAUAUAGAGAAAAAAUAACUGAAUAAGUGUGAGAAAU